AUGUCUACUCGUCGUUAUCCGUCGAUCGGUUUUACUUAUUACUUACUUAUGCGUCUAAAAAAUUUUCUUCAAAGUGAAACAAGAAAAAAACAUUCUAUUGUGAAACGAUUAAAACAAUUAUUAUUAACAAAAUUCUUAUAUUAUUUUGAAACUGAUCAUGAACAGUUGAAUUUAUUAAAAAUGCAUUCAUAUCUGGACCCUGCCGGCUUUUCAGUAUUGAGUGAUAAAGACAAACGGUCGAUCGAACAAGAUAUGAAAACAAUGGUUGCCGAUGAUAUUUCGCGUACAACUCGAUCAACACCACGUUCAUCACUCAGUGACAGUACUGUGGCAACUACACCAACGCUAGUCAACAAGUCAAAGCGAUCUGCAAUGGAUGCUUUCCAUGAAUCAAUCGGCGAUUAUAUUCAUGAAGGAAAUGUUUCUGAUAUCAGCCAAAGAGCUACGAUUAUUGAUGAAGUUCGGAAUUAUCGACAAACGGUAACGAAAUUUAAUCUCAAACACAAACCAGACGAAUUAUCUGCAACAGUAUUUUGGGGAAAAUAUAAUCACUGCUUUCCUCUAUUAGGAAAAUUGGCUAAAAAGCUUUUGAGUACGCCGGCAACAUCAGUGCCGAGUGAAAGUGCCUUCUCAUUAUCAGCGUUUUUGGGUCGUAAAGAACUUGAGAAAAUAGAAGUUUUGCCUGAAUUAUGUUGUAUAUGCGAUCAUAAUGUAGUUAAAUUCAGUAUCAAUAUAGCUCAACUGCCUGUCACGCAAUAUAGUAGAAAGAUCUACGAUUAUAGAAGAGCAAAUUGGGAUGUUUUUCGUGAUAAAUUAGCCGAAUUGGAUUGGUAUGAGCUAGUUGAGGAUGGAGGAUUAGAUAAUAGUGUUCUGCUAGUUGAAAAAAUGAUCUUAUGGAUAGCUGACUUUGUGGUACCGCAUAAAAUUAUUGUGGUUAAAUCUAAUGAUCGCCCUUGGUUUAAUGAGAAUUUACGAGAACUACUAAAGAAAAAAUAUGAGCUUUAUAAAAUCGAUUGUAGAUUUAAGACGACAAGUUCGGCGGCCAAUUCGAGAAGAGCUUCACAUGAUUUUGAGAAAGCGUGUAAAGCCGCAAAAAAAGAAUAUUAUCUGAAGUUAUCAGCUGAGAUGAAUUCGUCAUCCAAACUCUGGUGGCGUCAAGUUAAAAACACAUUAAAUAAAAUCAACAAUAUUUCCAUUCCACCUCUUUUUGACAGCUCUUCAAAAGAACUAAUGAUAGAUCCGGGAAAAAAGGCUGAGCCGCUAAACAAAUAUUUCGCAAUGGUUUGCUCAAUGCCACUUAACGAGGUUAAUGAUGUGCCGUUAGUUGUUCCAACAUCCAGCAAAUUCUCGAUGACGAAAUUUCAUAUUUUUGAGAGUGUUGGAUUACUGUGUAGAAUUGAUUGUAGUAGAGCUAGUGCGCCUGGUCUGUCAGCGAGAAUAGUUAGAGAAGCUGCGCCUGUCAUAACUCCGAUGAUAACCUAUUUAUUUAAUCAAUCUCUAGAACAGGAACAGUUUUCUAAAACUUGGAAACUUGGCUAUAUUACAUCGAUUUUUAAGUCAGGCGAUCCUCAUGAAGUGAAUAAUUAUCGUCCUAUAACCUUACUGCCUGUUUUGUCAAAAAUACUUGAGCGUUUGAUUCAUCGGAAAGUGUAUGGAUAUUUAACAAAUUACAACCUUCUAAGUACGAACCAGUCAGGAUUUAGGCAUGGUGAUUCUACUAUUAAUCAAUUGAUCGCCAUAGUUCAUGAGAUCUUAUUAGCUUUUGAUAAUAGUGAACGAGUCUUAAGUGUUUUUCUAGAUUUUCGUAAGGCAUUUGACACCGUUUGGCAUAAGGGUUUACUAGUAAAGUUAAAAGCAAAAGGAUUACCACCGUCCUUAGUGAAUUGGUUUGGAAGCUAUCUCUCAAAUAGAGAAAUUGUGACCACGGUAGACGGUAUUACAUCGUCAGCAAGAAUUGUUGAUAGAAGAGUGCCCCAAGGCUCGGUCUUGAGACCGCUACUGUUCUUGAUUUUUAUUGAUAAUCUUGGUGAUAAUGUUAGUGCCACAAUGCGAUUGUUUGCUGACGAUGCCUCACUCUACCGCGUUACAGAGAAAAAUGAUAUUAGAAAAGUUAUAGACCAAGUAAAUAAAGAUUUACUCUUAAUUUAUGAAUGGUCUAUAACUUGGAAAUUGUACUUAAAUAUUGAUAAAUGUAAAGCUAUGAUUUUUUCUAUUCGUGAACGCGAUACUCUCGCUUCGCUACCACCCGUCUUGAUCAAUAAGUCGCCUAUCUCUUAUGUUGUUGAACAAAAACAGUUAGGCUUAAUUUUAAGGUCAAAUCUAGACUAG